AUGGAAUCGGAACUGGAGAAAUUGGCUGAUGAAAUGGUGUCAAAGGAACAAGUGAAGGGGGUGCUCUGUGCUGAUGAAUCAGGCUUAAAUGUAUGUAGCCGUGGAACAUUGAGUAAUGCACCAGGUGAUGCAGCGGUUGAUUUAUUGAAACUUGCUAGCAAUUUGGAGCCGAAUUUACCUAUGUCUUCCAUUGUCAUUGAGCUUGCAGGUAUUGAUGGAAGUGUACUCUCCAUAACAAAAGAAGGAGUUUUAACAACAGCGAUACAUCGCACUGAUAGGAAGAGUCGUGAUUUUGAUUAG